GUCGAUGACGCGGAGUCACUUCCUGCCGUGCGGCACUCUAUAAGAAACCCCGUGGCGGCGGCGGCUCGUCCUUUUCCCCCGGAUUGAAGCGCGAGAUGGCGGACAACCAGACUGAGCGGGCCUACCAGAAACAGCCCACCAUCUUCCAGAACAAGAAGCGAGCUCUGGUCGGGGAAGGCAGCAAAGAGAAGCUCCCCCGCUAUUACCGCAAUGUAGGCCUAGGCUUCAAGACACCCCGAGAGGCCAUCGAUGGAACUUACAUUGACAAGAAGUGUCCAUUCACUGGGAAUGUGUCAAUUCGGGGCCGAAUCCUAACAGGUGUUGUGACAAAGAUGAAAAUGCAACGGACCAUUGUUAUUCGCAGAGACUACUUGCAUUACAUCAGGAAGUACAACCGCUUUGAGAAGCGACACAAGAACAUGUCUGUGCACCUAUCGCCCUGCUUCAGGGAUGUGCAGAAUGGGGACAGUGUGACUGUGGGAGAGUGUCGGCCUCUCAGUAAGACUGUGCGUUUUAACGUCCUCAAGGUCACCAAAGCUGCAGGAGCAAAGAAACAAUUCCAGAAAUUUUGAAUGAUUGAAAUGAAUCAGUUGCAAUAAAGUAUGUGGACAAAU